UGGCGCCCCUCCAUCGUCACGGUCUCAAAUGAUCGCUCAAACGUACCGUGACGACCGAAGCCAGAGGACGGUACCGACAGGCUGUUGAGCCGGAGCUCCCCGGCGCGUUUGUUUGGCAGGCGACCGCGCGUGAUUCUGGCGUAAAUAUGGAACGCUUUGGCCCGAUGAGACUUUGUGUGCAGACGACGAGAAGAGCUCUUGGUAACCGUGUGGUUUGUGGUCAACUUGGGUGCGAUGGUGAACCCUGUGAUUUCCUGUUGGGAUCCGCCAGCGGUGCUCCACUGAGCUCUGACUGUGACGGGAAGGUCGUCCGCUGCAUUCGUGAGUUCACGGAGCAGAAGAGAGCACGCGCAACAAAAACGAUCACAACAUGACGAUGACUCCCUGAUGAACAAGAAAAACCGGUGUCUGGCUGACGUUUCCUUGUGGCCAAAUUAGGACUGGGCUCGGCACCAUAGUCUGUGACAUGUCAUGCAAACGCCUUGUUUCUCAUGGAGCCUCAACCAGAGCCACUGUGGAGAAAGCUUGUUCUCUGUCUGUUGAGCUGCUCUCUGACCUGUGUUUUCCUCCGGGUCCUUCAGGCAGGUUCUGGCACAUCACAGACCUGCACCUGGAUCCCUCCUACCACCUGUCCAAAGACCCCACCCAGGUGUGCCUCUCCUCCAAAGGCGCCGCCGCUGACCAUGCUGGCAUGUUCGGCGACUUCCUCUGUGACUCGCCCUACGCUCUCAUCCAGUCGGCCUUCGCCCACAUGAGGAACCUCACCCUGGCUGGAGACUUCAUCAUAUGGACCGGGGACAGUCCUCCACACGUCCCACCUGCAGAGCUCUCCACAGACCUGGUGAUCCAGGUCAUCGCCAACAUGACUGAAAGCAUCAGGCAGCACUUCCCAAACCUGCCCGUCUUUCCGGCCCUGGGGAACCACGACUACUGGCCCCAGGAUCAGAUGCCGACGUCCACCAAUGCCAUCUACAAAGCUGCUGCUCAGCUGUGGGCGCCCUGGCUGCAGCCGGACGCUCUGCGAACGCUCGCUCAAGGUGGCUUCUACUCUCAGCUGGUGGAACCGGGUCUGCGAGUGGUCUCUCUCAACACCAUCCUCUACUACGGCCCUAACAAAGUGACCGCCAACAUGACGGACCCUGCAGGACAGUUCCAGUGGCUGGAGGAAACCCUGCGGAGAUCUGCCGUCGGCCUGGAGAAGGUUUACAUCAUCGCUCACGUGCCGCUGGGCUACCUGCCCUUCGUCAACAACGUCACAGCCAUGAGGGAGGUCCACAACGAGAGGCUGGUGGGCAUCUUCAGGAAGUACAGCGACGUCAUAGCCGGACAGUUUUUCGGCCACACCCACCGAGACAGCGUCAUGGUGCUGCUGGACCCUGAGGGCCGACCGCUGAGCUCUCUGUUCGUGUCUCCGGCCGUGACUCCCAUCAGAAACGUGUUGGAGCCGUACUCCAACAAUCCCGCUCUCCGCAUGUACAAGUACCACCCUGAAGAUUACGGCGUUCAGGAUAUCUGGCAGUUCUAUCUGAAUCUGACGGAAGCCAACCGGCGACAAGAGUCCCACUGGAGGCUGGAGUACGUCAUGACGGAGGCCUUUGGACUGCGAGACCUGCGGCCGCUCAGCCUGCUGCAGCUGGGCCUGGACCUCAGGUCGCCCCGGUCCCAGAGCUUCGACACGUACUUCAGGCACUUCAUGGUCAGCUACGACACGGAUCUGCGCUGCAGGGGCGGCUGCAAGCUGCAGCAGGUCUGCGCCGUCCUGCACGUGGACCUGCGUGGCUACUCGGAGUGUGUGGCCGGCGGACGCUAGCUCGCCGCGCUUCCUCAGGUGUUUUCUCAGGUGUCUGCCUGAAGGCCAGUUGUGCCAUUUGAAGGGUAUUCAAACAGCACACAUGUAUGAUUUUAGACAUCUUUUCUUCUUAGUUACUGGAUGAAUAAAGAAGGGAAUCCCUGAAAUAUGGGAAGGGUUUUUUUGUCUUGUCAUGAAACAAGUCCCAAAACUUGGAGAUGCAUUUUCUUGGAGCAGAAAAAUCAGUUUCUAUGAUUGAUACUGAACUUUAAGAAACCGUGUGCUGAGCAAAAGAAUCCAAGUGUGAAGGGAGGUUUGUGAAGCCUUUUAUAGAAAUAAACGAGUGAACUGUGUGUGUGUGUGUGUGUGUGUGUGCGGGAACUGGGCGACCUCAGGUGACCCCCCGCAUUUCCAUUCCACCCCCUCAAGUUCAUUCUCCUUGAGCUGCUUUUGAAACCUCUUUUGGUCUCUUAGCGUCGACUUCAGGCAUUCCAAGCCUGUGCUCAGGCUCCUGUGCUGCUGCCGGCCGAAGAGAGCUCCCUCAGCCAGACACACAAGCCUCGGGAGUCGUGACUUGCACAGUUGCUUUCACGGUUUUCUGACAUGUAUUUACAAAUGUGGGAGAGGAACGUGCAGAAGUCU